AAACUCUUGAGCUUCGGAUCCCAUUCAAUUGAUUCGAAUGAUUGUUUGAAAAUAGGUUUCACGUUUCUUUAUGAUUUAUUGGGUUCUUAUAACCCUACAUUGUGUCUGCAAAUCUGUGGAUUUGAGGGGCUUGACACAGGGAGGCUGGGAUUUGGAUAGCAUUCCUUCGGGGACGUCGCGAGAAUGUCUAAUUUGUAUGGAGAUUAUAGUCAAAAAAUUGAUUAUGUGUUCAAGGUAGUGUUGAUUGGAGAUUCGGCUGUAGGAAAAUCCCAGCUAUUGGCACGUUUUGCUAGGAAUGAAUUCAGUGUGGAUUCGAAAGCGACAAUCGGGGUUGAAUUUCAGACUAAAACUCUUGUUAUUGAUCAUAAGACAGUGAAGGCACAGAUUUGGGACACUGCUGGCCAAGAAAGGUACCGCGCAGUGACAAGUGCUUACUACCGUGGUGCAGUUGGUGCAAUGUUAGUCUAUGACAUGACAAAGCGUCAAUCAUUCGACCACAUGUCCAGGUGGCUUGAAGAACUAAGGGGGCACGCUGACAAGAAUAUUGUCAUCAUGCUCAUCGGUAACAAGUCUGACUUGGGAAGUCUUCGAGCUGUCCCAACCGAAGAUGCCCAAGAAUUUGCUGAAAGAGAGAAUCUGUGCUUCAUGGAGACAUCUGCUCUUGAGGCCACCAAUGUUGAAAGCGCAUUCAUGACGGUAUUGACAGAAAUUUACCGCAUCAUAAGCAAGAAGACUCUUGCUGCCGGUGAUGGAGCAGACUAUGCCAAGUCCUCUUCUCUCAAGGGAACCAGGAUUAUCGUUCCUGGCCAGGAUCCCAACGCUGAUGCAGCAAAGGGUGGCUGUUGCUUGGGAUAGUAAUCUUCUUUCUCCUCCUCCUUUAUAUAAUUUUUUUUUCUGCUUUUCUUUCCCUUGAAAAUUGUUGUUCACUUAGGAUGCCUUUGUUUGGAGAAAUUGUAGAAAGAGAUGAGUGCUGGCAAUAUUUCUGGAAGAAAUGUGCAUUGCAUAGAGUAUGUUGUUCAUAUAAUUCUGCUAUUACUACUGCUUGUUCCUCUAUAUAUAUUU